AUGAGUAAAAAGCCACAGGUGGGAAAGAAAAGUGGGAACAUAUUGAUUGCCGCUUUUCUGAGGAUCCAGCAAGAUGGCAGGGGUACAGCAGAAGCAGCAGAUCUCCGCAGGUUCACCUACCGCGGCAUGGACCUGGACCAGCUGCUAGACAUGUUCUACGAGCAGCUGAUGCAACUGUACAGUGCAGAGCAGCUGCAGCACCUGUGGCAGCUGAACCCGGGCCUGCCGCGGAAGCAGCACUCGCUGCUGAAGCGCCUGCGCAAGGCCAAGGAGGAGGCACCGCCCAUAGAGAAACCGGAAGUGAAGACGCACCAGCGGUACAUGCUCAUCCUGCCCGAGAUGGUGGGCAGCAUGGUGGGCGGCUACAAAGGCAAGACCUUCAACCGGGUAGAGAUCAAGCCGGAGAUGAUCGGCCACUACCUGGGCGAGUUCUCGAUCACUCACAAGACUGUGAAGCAUGACCAGCUGGGCAUCAGGGCCACCCACUCCUCCCACUUCAACCCCCUCACGUAGUGGCUCUGAUAAUAAAGGCACACAGAUAUCAAAAAAGAAAA